UACUGAGAAUAUUCGGUCUAGGAGCGUUCCACACAUCUAAAUUGAGGAAAUCCCUCGGUGUGUUUUGAUCAGAUCUUCGAGAAUGAUCAUUAGUUGCCAUUUCUGCAUCUAAAUCCAUAUUUUCAUCGCCUAUGAUAUCGCUUUCUUCAUCUUUAUUAAGUGGUUGGUAUCCAUCAUAUUCACCUUCAUUGGCAAAUUCGUUUUCACUUUCAUCGCUCACAGCGUCCAUGUGAAUGGCGUCGUUUUCGUGAACUGUCAAGUGUUCAUCACUGUCAUUAGAUCCGGGUAGCUCUGGCAGUCCCAUUUCAGUGAUUCUGAAGUAAUCUAGAAGCAUGUUUAUUUAUUAGUUACUAUGCAAACACCAUUUAGACGUUUCUAUGGAUGAUAAAUAGCAACAAAUCAUAUAUUGAUUCUCGCCAUUUCAAAAUGACUUCAAGUUAUAUUAAGUUGAUCGAUCUUCAAACUCCUCCAAAGUGCAAUAACAUUACAGAAACUAGACAACAAUACACGAGAAAGUUUCCUGCAAACUCUGAGAAUGCCGAGCUCGUUCACUGUGUCCGUCGAUUAGACUAUAUCAAGGAAUCCCUACCUCGUAUGCGGAAGGAGUUAAUUAUUAUCAACCAUCAACGAAAUACCGAAUACGAUUCCAUUGCAAUGCCCUCAGGAUCCAACUAUUUCAGAUUUGGUUACCAUUGUGGAAAAGCUAUCGAACGACCUGAAUUUGAUAUCAAGAGCAACGAAACAAGUUACUCGAAAUACAUCGAUCCUUACAUGAGUACUGCUAGCUCCGACUUCAAUUAUGCCAAAUGUAACAACUCUGACGAUAUCACUUUCUGGAAUUGGAGAACCGAUAUUAGAAAUUAGAAAACCUACCCAGCUAAAUAGUUAAAUUUAUUGAAGCAGCGAUUUUGGUCAAUAAAUCAGUUUAAGUAUCAAUAAAAUUUUGCUGUACGCAUAUGCUAUGUUUUACUCAGGUUUUACUUUUCUAUUAUUGUAUCAGCUUUUUCUUCAUUUGUGAUA